AUGCAGGAACUCAACCAGUCCACCGUGACAGAAUUCAUUCUACUGGGCUUCACCCCCAACCCCAGGACCAACCCUCUGCUCUUCAUCUUCUUUUUAGUUUUCUACCUGCUGAUCCUUGUGAGCAACAGUCUCCUUAUCACACUCAUCCACCAGGACUUGCGUCUCCACACACCCAUGUACUUUUUCAUCAGUGUCCUUUCCCUGCUGGACGUGUGCUACACCACCACUACUGUGCCCCAGAUGCUUGUGCAUAUUCUCAGCAAGAAGAGGACCAUCUCUUUUGCUAGAUGUGUGGCCCAGAUGUACAUUUUCCUCCUCUUUGGGGUUACGGAGUCCUGGCUUUUCUCCAUCAUGUCUGUGGACAGGUAUGUGGCCAUCUGCCACCCUCUCCGAUACAAAGUCAUCAUGAGCCGUAGGAUGUGUCUUCUUUUGGUGGGUAUCUGUGCAGCCUAUGGUGUGGUGGGUGGCCUGUGCUAUACCUUCUUUGCUAUGUACCUGCCCUACUGUGGUCCUAAUGAAAUUGACCACUACUUCUGUGAGGUUCCUGCUGUUCUGAAGCUGGCCUGUGCAGAUACAUCCCUCAAUGAUUUGGUGGACUUCAUCACAGGCUUCAAUGUCAUUGUGGUUCCACUCACCCUGGUUGUCAUCGUCUAUGCCAACAUCUUUGCCACCAUCCUGAAGAUCCGUUCAGCCCAGGGGAGGAUCAAGGCCUUCUCUACCUGUGCCUCCCACAUAACUGUGGUCACCAUGUUCGCCAUUCCAUGUAUCAUCAUGUACAUGAGCCCUGGCUCUGGGUCCUUAUCAAACAGUGGCAAGAAAAUGGCUCUUUUCUAUAAUAUUGCCACAGCCUUCCUCAAUCCUGUCAUCUACAGUCUAAGGAAUAAGGAUGUGAAGAAGGCUUUCCUCAAGUUGAUGGGAUGGAGCAGGGCUCCAGAGUGA